AUGGCUACAAUUGAUAACAACAGUGCAACACGACAGAAUUUAACAAAAGAAUUGAUUCAUUUAUCGAUAAUAUUACGUACUGAACCAGAUCAUAAAUUAAUUCUUCAACGUAUAAAUAUAAUUGUAAAGAAACUGAACGAUAUAGAACGUAAUAAAGGAGAAUUAAUGAUCAAGAUUGAUAGUACACGUGUUCCAUCAACUAAAGGUUAG